AUGUAUCAUCCAAAGAAUGUUCCUAAUUCGAGUUUAAUUGGAAGCAAUUCAUUAGUUCAUGAUCAGAACAUAGAUUGUGGUAGGAGCACAAUGGAUCCAGGUAGUGGAGGAAACAGUCUUGCCAACAACUCAAAACAACGUUUGCGCUGGACACAUGAGCUACAUGAACGCUUUGUUGAUGCUGUGGCUCAACUUGGCGGGCCUGAUCGUGCCACACCUAAAGGUGUUCUCAGAGUUAUGGGUGUACAAGGCUUAACCAUUUACCAUGUUAAGAGCCAUUUGCAGAAAUACCGACUAGCAAAAUACUUACCUGACUCCUCGUCCGAUGAAGGGAAAAAAGCCGACAAGAAAGAAACCGGGGAUAUGCUUUCCAGUCUAGAUGGUUCAUCGGGAAUGCAAAUUAAUGAAGCACUAAAGCUUCAAAUGGAGGUGCAGAAGCGUCUACAUGAACAAUUAGAGGUGCAGAGACAGCUGCAGUUAAGGAUAGAAGCUCAAGGAAAAUAUUUGAAAAAGAUAAUCGAAGAGCAACAGCGACUCAGCGGGGUUCUUUCAGAAGCACCCGGCUCUGGUAUUGCAGCACCAACUCCAGGAGAUAUGUGCCAACAAGAACUUGACAAUAAGACUGAACCAGCAACCCCCGACCCAGAAAAAGCUGCUAAAGAUCACGCACCAGCAAAGAGUCUUUCAGUCGAAUCUUUUUCAUCUCACCACGAACCGAUGACGCCAGAUUCCGGUUGCCAAGUCGGUUCUCCUUCUGACAGUCCUAAUGGCGAGAGAUCAACUAAAAAGCAACGAGUAAGUGUGGAAGGAGAGUAUUCAAAUCCAGACAUGAUGCUUCCACAUCAGAUACUGGAGUCAAGCAUGCCGUCAUACCAGCAACCUGUUUUCCUUAGCCGAGAUCACUUUGAUUCUGCUUUAGGUAUGUCUACAAGAAGUGGCGAGGAAUUGGACAAGCUUGGUGGUGGCAGGAAUAUGUGA